CAACACCGACGACUUGGAACUUUUAUUCGUGGUCAUUGAACGGAACUGUGUUUAAAAAGGAGUGUUCUGCAAUUUCUUAAUGUAUGUCAAACUCAGCCUCACACCUCUCUCUCAAAGACCAUUAUUACAUGUGCUCAUGACUACUUUUAUGCAUUCAUUAUAUUUGUUUACAUCUACGAGACCUACGACCAAACGUUUUCUCGGGUCGAAAUGACUCUACGUAAAAGAGAAAUAUUUUUGUCGAUCACUUUCCUAAUGUUAUUAUCGCUUGUUAUGGUUUGUUAUUAUGAUACUUUUUCGUGGAAAGUUCGAGUUGUUGGGACUUUAGACAUCAUCAAAUCUCUAGCCGCAACACUGGAACAAGAAAGUAAAAACUCCUUGCCUUCUCAAAACACAGUUGAAAUUUCAAGCAAUCGAGAAAAUGGUUCCAAAGCAUCGCCCGAUAUGAAAAUCAUCUUGUUUUAUACUCCAUUUGGUUCCGUACCAUUGCCAUGGCCACAUACUAUUGGAAGAGAAAAAAACCUCACCGACUUCAGCAACCGACCUUGCAAAGUUUCGUCUUGUCAGUUUUCUAUUUCUAAGGAUGAUAUCUCCAAAAGCCAUGUCRUUAUCUUUCACGGCUAUUCGACGCCCUCUCCUGAGGAUAUGAAAGCUCUUGUCCUGAAGAAACCCAAGAAUCAGAUGUGGGCUUGGUUUAAUGAAGAAAGCCCUGCUCAUACGGCAAACUAUCAGUUUGAAAAGCUAAACAAUUUGUUUGAAUUAACAAUUACUCAUAUGCAAGAAUCCGACAUUCAUACUCUUUAUGGCGAAUACUUUAAGCUCGAGGAUAACGCCAGGGCCGUAGCUGAAAAAAGAUAUGCGAAUGAAAACUUUGCUAAAGGAAAAGAUCGACUAGUUAUUUGGCUUGCUAGCAAUUGCGUAUCUCUUCGACUGAACAUCGUAAAGGCGAUCGCCAAGCAUAUUAAAGUUGAUGUAUUUGGUCGUUGCCAAAAAUACUUCUCUAAACAAUCAGRCAGCUGUUCACGAAGUAAUCGAGAAUGCCAUAAAAUAACCGAGAAAUACAAGUUUUUUUUAUCGCUUGAGAAUAGUAAUUGUCGAGGAUAUUUAACAGAAAAAUAUUGGAAAAACGCUUUGGAUAGAAAUGUUGUUCCAAUCGUUAUUGCUGGAAGCUAUAAUAAAGAUGUUUUAAUCCCUGGUUCGUACAUCGAUAUACUGGAUUUUCCAAACGCCCUAGCAUUGACAAACUAUCUAAAGUACCUGGACAAAAAUGAGACUGCGUAUAACCAAUACUUUGAGUGGAAAAAGAAAUACAGAUACACGACAGAGACGAACUGGAUAUGCGAUUUGUGUGAGUAUCUGCAUAGAAACGAAACCAAAAAAUCGUUUUGGAAUAUGAAGAAGUUUUACGGUGCAGAGGAGAAUUGCUUUGCCGAUGAUUCUCGUAUUCGAAACGUAUGGCUAGAAUCAAACAACCUGCUUCAAAAUGUAAUAUUUUUCUUUAUUACAUUUAUGAUGGUAUUAACGCUUAUCAUGGCUUACUAUUACAACCCUUUUUCGUGGAGAGCUCGUGCUGUUCGCGCACUACAAAUAUUCAUUUUGYAGAACAUAAUUAUCCUUUAGAGUAGACUAGGAGAAAAUUAAUGGGUUAUUUACCAUACGCUUUCUAGAGUCAGUCCAGAUAGGGAAAAACUGUGCCCUCGGCCUUGAAAACGAUCCUCGAAUUAAGGCAUUUUCCCAAUAUUUUUGUAUUAAAUUCGUGGCUAAAAUCAUGAGAUAAUAAUUUACAGAUCUUCCGUGUAACCAUAGUUAAUAUUAAAUAUGGUGUAACGGUCACUUCUUAUGAAUAAUUAUGAGUCAAAAAAAAAUUCAAAUGCGGAAAAUUACAAAGAAAAUCUGACAUAGAUAGAUUUAAGUUUURUAUAUAUGUAUUUUAUUGGAAUGAACGAAACAACAGACCUGGAAGUAUCUAGUGUUAUAUAACAUAUUGUGCAUGCUAAAGUGUCUCGAACCCGAUGUAGUCAAUCAUUUCGAUUUUAAGAGGAACAUUGAUCAGAAAAAAACACCAAGAGAACUAAUAUACAGGUUUAAAAUUUAUCGCAUUUGAAAUCUCUACUUUUGAGAGCGUAUUGUAUUUUUCAUUUUUUUUGUUCAGCGUUAUUUUCGAGAUUUCAU